CACGUCAGGAGAGGAGGGCCCUUCUCUGGGACACGCACCCGGACGCUCCCGCACAGCCCUCGGCAGGUGCCGCUCGGGCCCCGCCGCUCUGCCCCGCGGACCGGCCUCCCUGCCCGGGCACCAGGGCCCGGCGCUGCCGGCGCUCGGCCGUGCGGAGCUCGGUCCCGGCGGGUCCCGGCGGGCAGGGCCGGUCGCACGGGCGGCCGCAGGCCCCGCCUCUCCCGCGGGCUGCUCGGGAAGGCCGGGGCGGGCGGAGCCGGUCGCCGCCGCGGGCCGCCGGAGCCAUGAGCUCCCAGCGCAGCGAGAGCGACUGGCAGGGGCUGCUGAGCGAGUAUCUGGUGUGCAAAAGGAAGCUCGAAAGUAAAAAGGAGGCAUUGCUAAUCCUUUCCAAAGAGCUAGACACCUGUCAACAGGAAAGAGACCAGUACAAGCUUAUGGCCAACCAGUUGCGGGAACGACACCAGUCUCUGAAAAAGAAGUAUCGGGAGCUGAUUGAUGGGGAUCCAUCGCUUCCGCCUGAAAAGAGGAAACAGGCAAAUCUUGCUCAACUACUGAGUGAGGCUCAAGAUCGAAAUAAACACCUUGGAGAAGAGAUUAGAGAGCUUCAGCAGAGACUGGGAGAAGUACAAGGGGACAAUAAGCUCCUUCGAAUGACUAUAGCAAAGCAAAGACUUGGAGAUGAUGAAGUUGGGGCUCGUCACUUCGCAGCACAUGAACGGGAAGACCUUGUUCAACAGUUGGAGAAGGCUCGAGAACAGAUUGAGACUCUGAGAUAUGAUCUUCAGGCUGCACUGGAUGAGUUACAUGAUGUGAAAGAGGAACGUUCUUUUUACCAAGAUAAGUCUGACAGACUAAACCAAGAGCUGAAUCAUGUCUUAGGAGGGCACGAAAACCGUAUCAUCGACGUAGAUGCUUUAUGUAUGGAGAACAGGUAUCUUCAAGAGAGAUUAAAACAACUUCAAGAAGAAGUCAACCUUCUUAAGUCUAGUAUUACUAAAUAUAAGAAUGCACUAGAGAGACGAAAAAAUUCAAAGACUCAUAGUAGAUCCAGUAGCAGUGCUUUGACUGGAGUCCUUUCUGCAAAGCAAGUCCAAGAGUUGUUGUCGGAGGAUCAUGGAUGUAGCCUACCAGCCACACCACAGUCCAUUUCAGAUCUCAAAUCACUGGCCACUGCAUUGCUGGAAACCAUCCAUGAAAAAAACAUGGUCAUACAACAUCAAAGACAAACCAACAAAAUUCUAGGUAAUCGAGUGGCAGAACUAGAAAAGAAAUUAAGAACUUUGGAAAUUGCUGGCUUGUGGAGUCUUCCAGGCCUGAGCUACAAUGUCUCAGUGGGAUUUGGGAGUGGAAAGGAUACGAUAACAUUCAGUGACCCAACCUUGCCCGUGCUGCAGCGCUCCAGGUCACCAUUGUCUUUUACUGAUAAGCCACAGAAAGCUGAAGUACGAGCAGAACAGAAGGGAGAAUGUGAUGAAACUUGUGCUGUUGCAAGUGAUUCUCCAGCUCCAGAGGGAACAAAUUUAAAUAACAGAAACAAAAAUAAACAUUUUUAUCCUUCCUUGCCCCAGCUACCUUCUGAGGAAGAAGAAAUAAACAGGCUUGGAAGUCAGAUAAUUAAACUGACAGUUGCGGAACUGGAAGGGAAAAGAGCAGGCACUUCUGCAGGGGAGCAGAACGUGGUAGUUGGAGCAGAGCUUAAUGGUUCAUCAGAGGGAGAGUUCCCACUUUCCAGCCCUGACCCAUCUGACCCCACAGAUCCCUCAAACUCUGAGAAUGAACAAACAGGUGAAACCGAGGCCCUGGAAGACAAUGAUGAAACCUCAGAGAGCAACUGUGAAAUUCCAAAUGAAAGAGGGGAUCAAAAUAGCAGCUCCGUGGAUGUGGUGCAUGCUGAAGACCCUGGAAGGCAUGGAGGGCUCAGUGUUACAACUGCAGACACAAAUAACAGCUUUGAGGAGCUCUCUGAAUCUGAAAACAAGAAACCAUCUGAUGCUGCCAAAAACUGUGAAUAUUUGGAUAACAGUUUUGCUUGAGCUCAUCUCAUGAAAAUGAAGGGAGUUAUUUCACCAGAUACUGAGAACCCAAUUUAAUGAAGCUCUGAAGGAAAUAUCAUCAGAGAAGCCAGAAGUCUUACUGAGUGAAACAGCACUGCUGUUCCAAAGCAAGAAAAACAGCAAGAGGAGAACCAGUGAUGCCCUGUCCACCUACUUGGCUCUCUCGGUUACUGGAAUUGCAUUCCUCAACUUACAGGAGCUGGAACAGCCCUCAAGCUGAGUUAACAGGUGGUAGAUUUCAGCCAACUCCAUCUGUGUUCUCCUUUCUAAAGGAAUCUGUGUCUUUUUUUUUAUUUUCCUAUGAUUUGGAAUUAAGGAUAACUCUUCCUUUCCUCUUCAUUUCACAAGUCUAUGGUAUGGUAGAAGGAUUAUUUGCAUUGUUGCCACUUUCUUAAACUUCUUCUUUUGAAGAUGUUUAGUCAUAGGAAAACAUUCCUAUAAUAACUGGGGAAAAGGGAGGCUGCUGUGUCAUUCUCUAGCUCAAUCCUGAUGCUGGAGCUGUGCCACUGUGCUUCUAGGAAGGCAGCAAUGAGGGAAUACUUAACGUUGAAGUUAGCAGCUGUUGGAGAAGGGGAGGCAGGUCCUUCCUCUCCUGUUUGUAGCACAAGGAAUACUCUCAGCAGCUGUGGAGCUUCUAUGGGCCAGCAGCCGUCAAGGCAAUUUUUCUGCUGGCUUGGGACCUAAUUGUCUGUAAAUGUUCAUUUCUCAUUCCUAGAACUUGAAACCAAUCAGAGAGAAUUAAACCAAAUUUAAUAAAAUACUACUAAUAAAAAGGAAAAUCCCUCCCAGAUUGAGUACUUCUUUGACAAAUAACUGCCAGCUGCAAAUUUUUACAGCCCACUUGCCAGCUACUGAAUAAGGAGAGUUUAUAUUAGCAGUACUGACAAACUCUUCUGUAUGUGGAAGAUGAGCUAGCAGGUGUUGCCAUAAUCAAGGUGUCAGAGUCCAUGAACAGUUUGUAUUCAGCAGAAGAAAGGCUGUAUGUAAAUUAUUACAUAUAAAUAUAAGGGGUGAUAGUGGGAAGGUGAAAAAUGUGGCUUGUCUCUGUUCUCAUGUGUUUUCCCUAGCAGGUGCAUUUGUGUAACCCUUUCAGUGUCUGUCUGCAGGAUAUAAAGCCAUACUCCCAGCGCUCCUCAAAUAUGUUUACUCUCUCCUUAAAGGUUAUGGGACAUUGCAGCAUUCCACUGAUGUUAAGCAGCAGCCCUUAGGAACAAAAGCUACUUGUAUAUUUAGGUGUAUUAAGGACAUGAAGCAGUAAAAAGUUUUUAUUUCAUUAUCCUCAUCACCAUUUAAGUUCCUUAUUACCUGAAAAAAACCAAGAAGAGUUUAAAUAUUUGAAAGACUGUUGGGCUGUUCCCAGUAAUUGAAACUGACUGCACUAUUGACUCCUUUGUGUGACAGUCAGAAGAGAAAUAGCUGAAGAAACUGAAAUCUCCAAGAGAAUGUGGCAGGAUUUUUUCCUUUAGUGCCUGAAUGUCAUGUUACGUAGCAUUUUAUUCAAGAUGUGUUCUUUUCCAUCUUUCACAGAGCUAAAUAUCAAUACUCAAUAUCAAUGCUAAAUAUCAAUCAGUCAGAACUGAGGCAAGCAAAUAAGGUCAAGAUUUCACGUAGUUGAGCUCAGAAAUCUUUUACUCGUUCCCUGUCCUGUGUCUUUCCUGACCCAGAGAUGGUGAAUGAGCAUUUUGCUCCUGGUCCCUUAACGGCCAGUUAAUGCUAUUAGUUAGUGAAGAAUUUGGUGUAAAAAUUUGAGCAGGUAGAAGCAGUGCUAGACCAACAGCUUUUUAAUGCCUCAUUUGUUGACUCUUUUCAACUAUGUCUUUUCUGUGAGAGCAUAGUCAUGUACCAACCCAACAAUUAGGACAUCUUGGUAAUUGUCCUCAUACCAUUCUCUCUCUUAGAUGCCAUUUUUAUCUUUGCAAUCACUGAAUUCCAGUAAGAUGCCUAGAUCUCUGAAAACCUCAUUUUCAGUGCAAUGUCACUGCUGCAAUACUGCCCCUCUCCUUCCUGUCCUAGCAAAUGUGUAUCUUAGCUACGUUUUUAGCCUCCUCCCAGGAACACAAGACUUCAAAGCCAGGACACUUGUAAAAGUGAGAUGUUGUUGCUGCUCUAGGUAAUUAAAUAUUCUUGUCAGUAACUUCCUCGGAUAUUGCUUUAAUUGAUAUCAUUGUGCUAUUAGAACAAUGGGGGUUUUUUUCCCCAGUAAAUUUAAUUAGUGUUUUGUUGUGGAAUGAACAUACCUUAGGUUUGAGGGAAAUGGUUUUGUUUGUUUUGCUUUGGGGGUUUUUUUAGACCUGUGUUCCCUGUUUCUAGUUCUUUAGAAACGAAGAAAUCACAACCACACAUAUAAGCCUUUUUGGUGUUGGGCUUUGGGGAAGCAAAGUGGGAAGGGACUGUUGUGGCAGGGAUAUGGCGAAGGUACAUUUCACAAACUGAUUUUAAGGAGAUUGUCUCACCUAAAAGUGAAUUCAUGCAUUAUCUGUGGGAAGGAUUUCAUUUGAAAGUAUCAUGUUGUGGUUAUUGGAAAAACAAUGUUCACUGAAUUUGUAAAAUAAGUGUGUGAAAAUGACAGAUUAAGAAGCAUUCUUUUAGAAUGCUGCUUCUUUUGUAAGUGAGACUAUUUUUAAGCAUAUGGGAAUUUGUAUAAUAAAGACUGGAAUUUCUUUAAUCCCUAUGAGCUCAGGAAUGUAUUUCAAAAUCUUAACUGCGAUUAAGCUGAAAGUCUGCUACAUUUCUAAAAGAUAACAUUUUGUUUACCAGCUUCUGUUUUGCAGUUUGCUUUCUAAAUUAUGCAGUUUAAUUUAUUUGCAAACCUCUUUUUUGUUGCUGCGUGGAUUAACAGCACAACAUGGUUAAACUGUAUUAAUACAUUUUGUCAUCUUUAAUAAAAACAUUUCCCGAUAUGCUUGUUCUACCUGCUUGGUUCCUUUUCUCAGUAUCAGAUGAUUCAUAGCCAUGGGAUGGUGUUUUAAUAUUCUUACUGAGUUGUGUUACAUUAAAAAAAUAAAGCCUUA